AUCUAGCCUAUGCAAACGAAAGAACACGAGAGUUUUACGUGGUAUCCUCGGUCGAGUAUUGACCGAAACUAAUCCACGGGAGAGGACUGCCUCUCCGACUUGAUCUUAUUAUUAUUGCUGCUAGGUUACAUUGGCCGAAUGGCCUACACACCUUUUAUACUCCUCGUCUCCUAGGUUUACAUAACAUGAACAUGAACUCAAAUUCAACCUAGGACAAGGACUCCUUGUCAUACAAGUAACAGCAUGGAAACAACUUGUAGACAGGCCCGGGCCCACAUGGGCUGACUUGGGCUCAACUUCAUCCCGAUCCAAUACAAAUUAAUCUCAACAAAACCAUAGCAGUAGAGCAGAAAAUGGCAGCGCCUGUUAACUCAUCUUCAUCGUCAUCAUCAUUCAGCUUGAAGCUCAUCAUCGACAAGAGGCAAAACAAGGUCCUGUGCGCCGAGGCAGGAAAAGACUUCGUGGACUUCCUCUUCAACUUCCUCACCAUGCCGGUCGGCUCCGUUUUCCGCCUCCUGAAAGAAGACCGCCUCCCAGCCCCUGGCUGCAUCCGUCAACUGUCGGACAGUAUCGAGAACAUAAAUCAAACUUGCUUCCAGAGUGCAGAAGCCAAGGACUACCUCGUCACCAAGCUCCGCGGCGAAACCCACGUCAAGAAGGUGCCUCUCUUCCCCGUUGCCCCAAAUCGCUCCGUGCAAAGGACAAUAUACUGUUGCAGCUCUAAAAAACAUGAACCUCGCUGUGUACGUGUCAACUACUGGUGGGAAUCAUCUAGUUGCUCGGGGAGUAAGGUGAGGUUUACGGACACCGUGGGAUGGUGUCGUGAAGCCGAUUUCGUGAAGGGAACACUGCGCUACUUCGUGAAGGACGAUCUCUCCGUUCUGCACUUCGACUAUUCCAUCAUGUCCGGCGUCUCCCUUCUCACCACCGAGUUUAAUGUCAAAGACUUCGGCAUCAUCGAGGAAAAAGUCGUCCAGAUCGGCGUGGAUGAGGGGCUGGAAUUGCUGCAGGCGUUCAUGCGCACAACAUCGGCUCUCACCACUGUAUUUCUCGGGAAGAAGGAGACCGUCGUCAAGAACGAAUCCAACUGAAAGGCUCUAUCGAUCAUUGCAUGCACCCAUGGGACGAUAGCGGAUUUCCUUCCAAAUUAUUUUCUUUUCCUCCCUGCACAACUUUGAUUACGUUUGUUUGGAGCCACGGUUUCUUUGUUUCAGUACUGGAGAACGAUUGUUUGGUUUGCUUCCUUUAUGUUGCGUAGUGGCUCCUGAACUUUUGUUGUUUACUAAUGUGGUCUUCAUCUUCGUGUUUGUUUUUGUGUUAUUUUUCUCCAUCUUUUCGACGACAUUUAAGAUAUAUAAAACUAACUCUAACAUUUAUACCCCAAAUUUAAUUAAAUCACAACUUAGUUACUACAAUAUAAAUUUUACAUUUUGAU